AGGAUAUUAUGUACAUUUUAGAUUAGCCAGAUUCUGUUGUAAAGCAUUGCAAUUCGGCUGAAUACUGUUAAAUUUAUAUGUAUGUUGUAUACACUUCAACCGAAUAGCCAGAUUCUGCGCCUGAAAUCUACAAAUUAUAUUAAUAUUUCUUAUUAGACUUGUUAAAUACUGCAUUUUCGGAAUAACUGACAAAAGUAUUAGUUAAGUAGUAUCCUGUUCUGCGCUCAAUAUGGAACAAGUGAUAGAUGUCGGUUGCGUUAAGGAGGAGCAAUGUGAGGUAAUGUGCAAUAUGAUAAGAGCACAGGAUUGGCAAUUGGCGAUGAGACACAGGGACUUAGGACUUGUCAAGAUUGAACAGGAAAUGAAUAUUGCGUGGCCAGGGACUAACAAUGCAACUGAAGAGAUUAAAGAGUUAAAUUUGGAGAAGAUAAAAAAAUACAAUAAUAAUGUGAAAUCGCAGUUUACUGUAGCUGCUAUCAAUAAACCUUUCAAGUGUUUACAUUGCGUUAAGGACUUCGCCACCAGCAGCAACUUAAAAGUCCAUCUGACUCGUACUCAUUCUGGAGAUCAAGAACGUCCGUUUGUGUGUCCGAAUUGUCCAAAGUCAUUUGCGACAAAUGAUAAUCUCCAGAAGCAUAUUCGCAGGCAUUCAAAUGAACGAACACUGCAUUGUCCCCACUGCCCAAAAGCUUUUGCUACCAAGGAUAACUUACAGAAACAUAUUCGCAGGCAUUCAAACGAACGGACACUAGUUUGCCCACAUUGCCCGAAAGCAUUUGCCACAAACGACAAUCUUCAAAAGCACAUCCGUCGGCACUCAAGCGAGCGUACCCUGCAAUGCCCACACUGCCCAAAAGCUUUUGCGACCAAUGAUAAUCUCCAUAGGCACAUUCGUGGUCACACAGGUGUACGGCCUUUUAAGUGUCCCUAUUGUCCAAAACCUUUUGCGCAAAAUAGGGAUCUGAAAGCGCAUAUUUUGGAACAUAUAGGUGAAAAGCCCUUUAAAUGUCCACAUUGUCCAAAAGCUUGUGUCCGGAACGAAGGAUUAAAGAAGCAUAUACUGCGACUACAUAAGGAUGUAGAGCCGGAACAUUCGGUAGUGAAUGGUUUUCCAAAACACUGUUGGCAAGCAACAAAGGAAGCUACAUACAUUAAUGAUUCCAGCGGCAGAAUUCUUAUGUGCAAAUAUGAUUUAUUAAAACAUUCGACACUGAUGCCCACAGACGAGGCGUAGUGAUUUGAAUGCUUCAAGCAGAGACUUGGGGCACGGAAUCUUGAUCUCA